CUGCUGGAAAUUUUUAACGCUUGUUUAUGAUGUAAUUUUUGUUAUUAUUGAGUCCAUGUUUCAUAGUAUUUUUUCUCCAUGGCUAAAUGUAGUGUUUUACAUCAUGUAUACAUUUUGACGUUUCGUGUCACUGGUGUUUAUGAAUCAAUAAUUAAAGAUUAUUUUGUGGUUGUGAAAUGUAAACUUUGAUCUGUUUCGUGUGCUGUCAAGAACAUAAACGUGUUCGUAUACGUAAGCAAUGAAGAGGGAUAUUUUGAGUAGUAGUAUCAAGCAUGCCUCAUUUAAUAUCGUGUUUCAAAUUUUUUUUCGUUGCAUUACGUUUUUAAUGAACGCAUUUGUGAUACGGUACAUAAAUCAAGAUGUAAUCGGUGUUACUAACGUGCGUUUGUUAUUACUUGAAUCCACAAUUCUUUUUAUAAGUAGAGAAGCAUUUCGCAGAGCCUGCCUAAGUAAAUCACUACAGCAUAAUUGGCAACAAGUCACCAAUCUCAUAUGGAUUACUGUGCCACUAAGCAUUUUUCUGAGUAUAGUGCUUGGGUACUUGUGGCUUUACGUACUCAAACAACCUAGUCAUGAAAUCACACAGCAUUAUUCAGUUGGAGUGUACGCCAUCUGCGCAAGUUGCGUUAUUGAAAUGUUCUGUGAACCACUGUACCUCACGGCCCAAGUUUUCUUAUUUUUGAAGCUUAAAAUAAUUUUGGACACAAUACAUGUUGUAGUAAGGACAGUUACAUUUACUUUACUUGUGAUUUAUAUACGCAAUGGAGCUGUAAUUGCUUUCUCUGUUGCACAGGUUUUGUCUGUGCUUGUGUAUACUACUGGUUAUUAUGUAUAUUUUUGGCGUUACUUGAAGAGGCAUGCUACUGUUAGAAAGAAAGGCCAUGGUCGCCAUGGAGAUUCUACUCGUGAAAAGGCUGAAGAAGCUGGAAAGGAAAAGGAAAGUUUUCCUAUUCGGUCCAUGGCUGACUUCUUUCCCAGGAAAUGUGAGAAUAAUGCAUUCAUCAGUUACCAGAUGACUGUUUUGACGUGGAGUUUUUUUAAACAAGGAAUAAUGAAGCAGAUUUUAACAGAGGGUGAGAGAUAUAUCAUGACAUUAUUCUCAGUUUUGUCAUUUUAUGAGCAAGGUGUUUAUGAUAUAGUCAACAAUCUGGGUUCACUGGCAGCUCGUUUUAUUUUUCGCCCAAUUGAAGAAGCAGCAUAUUUUUAUUUCUCACAAACUGUAGAAAGAGAAGUGCCUAUGAAAGACCAAAAGAAAGAAGAUGUAGAUGAAUCUGCAAUGGUUCUGAAACAGUUGUUGAGUGGUUUAAUGUCAUUAGGACUUGUUGUUGUAAUAUUUGGCCAAUCAUAUUCAAAGUUGCUUCUGCUGCUGUAUGGAGGUGAGAAACUUACAAUGUACCCAGGUCCGUUAUUAAUGCAAACACAUUGUGUAUCAAUACUGUUGCUUGCCAUUAAUGGUAUCACAGAAUGUUAUGCAAUGGCAACAAUGACAGCAAUACAGAUUGACCGAUACAAUUAUUUUAUGAUUCUUUUGUCAUUUGCAUUUCUACUCAUUUCGUGGGGCUUAACUAAGUUGCUGGGUGGAGUUGGUUUCGUUCUUGCCAAUUGCUGUAACAUGACAGCACGAAUUGUGCAUAAUAGUACAUUUAUCCAUAGACGUUUCAGUGGAACCUCAUACAGUCCACUGAAAGGCCUAAUGCCUGGUCUUCAUUUUUCUGCAGCCCUGGUGGCUGCGGGUAUGUUGGUAAAGUUCUCAGAGGUUUACCUGUUUGACUCUUCAAAAUUUAUACAUUUUAUGAUUGGUGUUAUUAGCUUUCUGUUUAUACUUUCAGUUUGGGCAUAUGAAUCACGUGUUUUAGUUGUAUCUGCUCUGAACAAACUGAAACAUUUAAUGAAGAAAAAGAAACGUUAAAGCAGAUUAAUAUUAAAAUUGUUGAAUGCUGUGAAGUGUGUGUACAUUUUAUAAAAAGGUUCAAAUGUAAUGUUAAAUUGUAUCUCUAAGUUAUAAAGUGGUGCAUUUUUAAGCUUCUGUGUCAAAUCUGCAUUCUGAGAUUGGCAUUGAUUAUUGCAAGGCAUGUUUUAUAUACAUUUUAAAUAUUGAAUGUUGCUCUUAAAUCUUAUUUGGUAUAAUGAUUGCUCUUUAUUUUUGAUCUACUGACUGUCAGUUGGUGGAAAAAAAAAAAGCUUUCCUGUGCUCAUUAGACUUUAAGGCUCUCUCAUUUUGUAUUUGGUGAUGUGACUGCAGUGUUUAUUCAGAUUUGAUGAAUAACUUUUCGCACAUACAAUAGUACCAAAUAGGAAGGUAGACUACUGGUCACAAAUUAUGUGCAGUUCAUGGCUCUGUCUUACGUGGUGUGCUACUGUAAGUGUUUCCAGUCUGAAUGUAUCUAUUAGCACAAAGAAAUUUGUCACUGCGAAUGCCACUAAUGUAAUGUCUUCCUCAUUUUACCUCUGCCAUUCACAUUCAUUUCCAUGACCAUUCACCCAUAAUACUGAGAGAUUAGUGUGAGCUCUUUAAUUUGCCAUUAAAAAAAUAAAAUUCUUUUUAGCAUACCUAAGAUAAUCUAUUUUUGCUUUUUGAAUAUAGAAAUUUACAUCUAUACUCUGCAAGUCACUGCAGUGUGUGACACAAGGUACUUUGUUUCCCAUUAUCAUUUUGUCCUCUUCCUUGUCUUCUGUGAAUGAUGUGAGAGAAGACAGAUCUUUGAUAGAUAUCCAUAUUGGUUUCUGCAGUCAUGCUCAUUUUAUGAGAUAUGUGGAAGAGUAAGAAGUAUGUCACUUUACUCUUUUCAGAAGAUUGUGCUAGCAACCAGGCAUACCUUUAUCAGUUUGUGAACUAACAGUUUCAUCAUGAUUUGCAGAUCUGGGGUAGGUUUACUACAAUGCAUUGCUGAAUACUAAUGUGAGCGAAGGUCCUUCUGUGACCAAAUAUAGGUGACUUGUUGAUUCCAAAUAGGAAAAUUGAGUUGAUUUUAAGAUUGUGACUAUACUUUUAUGGUGUACUGUAUUUGAUACUGUAUUUUUGAACCAGAUGUCACAUUUGGCAAGGUGUAUUAUGAUAUACAGUAUUAGGAGUAAAAACUGUCAUUUUUGUGAAUAUUGUGUGCUGAAAUAAGAUUAUUACUUGUACUAUUAGUGAUUCAGUUGUGGCCAUGUACCACCAGUAUUACAUCUUGUAUCACUCAAGCUUAUGAAUGUGAGGAGACAGAAUGUACAACUGACUGUAUUGUGUUUAAUGAGUUACAUUCACUUGCUAAUUUUCAACUCCUUGAACAUUCCAUUUUACAAACAACUGAUGACAUGUAGCUUCACAGCAUGUAUGUGUAAUUCAUAUGUAAGUGUUCAUUGGUUUUCAUGUGUAAUGUGCAUUUUAAGAUAAUAUUGAUGCAUUUUUGAAUGUGGCUGUUACUUAGUGACCAUAUGCUACAAAUUAUUAAACAGCCAACCUAUUGCACAUAAAUGGUACCUUGAUCUAGGUUUCGACACCUACUAGGGGUGUCUUAAUCAGAAUGAGAUGUUUUUAAAUUGUUAAAUUACAUUGCUAAAAAGCAGUAGUCAGAAUCUGGAACAGCUAUUCUCAAGUCAAAAGUAAAAUAAAACAUUCUAGCCUAUGUCAUAUGUGCCCAGCUGGGAGCAACAUCAACACUGACUAUUGCGUUUUGGUAAUGUAAUUUUAUGAUUUAGCAACAUUUCAUUCUAAUGAAGACAAUCCUUGUAGGUGCUGAAACCUAAGCCAAUGUAGUUAUCAUUUAUGUGCAAUUGGUUGGCUGUUUAAUCAUAUGUUGAAAUAAUAUUAAUGGUUUACAAAGAAUCUUUCAGGCAAUUUAAAGUUUAGUGUUUUUGCAUGAACAUUAUUAUUUGUGUAUGUUGUAUGUUGACGUAUGAAAUAACAAGGAAGUUGUAAACUGGUGAAAAACAAAAACCAAUGAUUUUGGAUUUUUUGAAAGAUAAAUGAAUUACAGUUCUUUGUUGUAAGUACUAGAUGUCAAAUUCUUUUUACGUUGCUUUCUAAAUUAUUUUGCCUGAUUAUUGGUUGUAACAUAAGACAAUCCAGAAUAUGGAGACACAUUUAUUGAAAAUAUUUUAAAUAAUCAUGUUAUAUCAAUGUUCUAUUGUAUAUUAAUUGGACUGAGAAUGAAAUAGGGUUUUGUGAUUUAUUUCCCAGUCUUCACAUUCUGUACAAAAUACAUGAUUGAAAUAUUGGCGAAUAUGUAAAUGAAAAAGAUAUUAAAAAGCCAUUAGACCUAGAUAAUUGAUCCUUUGUGAAUAAAUUUAAGAUUUAUUAUAUCUAUAUUUAUAAGUAAGGUAAUGUGGAUAAGGUAGACACGCACAUUACAUUAAAAUGACAAAAAAUUGUCAAGGAAAGGAACAUAGACACCAGUUUCAGCAAACUGGAAGUACCCUUUUACAUAUUGAUAACUUCCUUGUGUUACAUUUAUGAUGGUCUCUAGCCUGAAAGUAACAGUGUAUCAUACAUAGUAUUAAAAAUGCAGUAUAAUUAGCUAUAUUAGUCAUCUGUGAAAUAAAUAGCAUGCACAUCACUGUAA